AGCCACCAUCCCUCAUGCUGUUGCGACAGUUUCCCCUAAGGCACACCUGCAAUCAUAUACACCUCAACAUCCGCCCUUUCAAACCCCGUCAAAGGCCUACGGUUUUCUUCACCCAUUCAUUCUCCACGAAUUCUCCAUUACAGGACACUUCCUACACUGAUUGGUUCCUUCAAAAGACCAAGUCCAUCCCCUCCAAACUAUUCAGCGCCUCAAAGCCCACUUCCCAUGAGAAUAAACAAAUUGAAGCCGAUUCUAGUACCAAAAAUGCCCCAGCCUCAACCAUCCAUUUGCACCCUCCAAAUGCCCCGGACGUGACCCCACUGAUGUCCCAGCCCCAGCUUGAGUUCAUGGAGACCAUCUUACCACUCAUACUCCAAGGUCACACAGAGGACAUCCGCCUCAAACUCUCCCAAAAUUCACACCUUGUGGACUCCAAUUUCCUUCUUUACGUCUUGAACCAGUGCUUGCGAGACAUACCCGAACGGGAGUCCUCCGAAUGCGAAAUAGAGCACCCCUACUAUAGCUCCUCAAAAAGGCUAGGACUCGAAUCGGCCUACUACAAUCAUAUUUAUGAUCGCAUACCCCAUCUUUACAACAUAUGCAAAGACUUCGAUCAUCAUGUGGUCCGCUCUAAUGCACCACUUCAACAGCAUUACAUUUGGCUCUGCUACCAUAUGAAUGAUCUAAAUAAAUUGGAAUCAUUGGUGCACAGCUACUUGCAAAGCCCGAAUUUGGACACCAAAACAUUGGGGUACAUAUUUAGCGGUUUCAUUCUCAACUACGAAGUGGAAUUCUCAAAAAUCUUGUUCCAGCAACUUUUGUCUUUAAAAGCUGAUUUGGAUACUUCUUUACUAGAGAUUGUGAUAUACCAAUUGAUUAAGGUGGAUGCAUUAUUUGAGAAUCUCACUUCUUUUUUUGAAACCUGGACUUCAAUACCAUCCCUUCCUACUCCAACACCAAAAACAUGUGCUUUGUUACUCAAAGAAUUCCAUAAAUUUGCAACUCCUGAAGAAUUGAAUGAUUUUUACCAAGUCAUAAACUCUUUUGAUUAUCCGCAACAUCACUUAAUUCAAGCAGUGGAAUUACAAUAUUCCAUCAUCAAAAGAGAGCCUGCUACUUUCCAGAAGCAGGUUUAUGAUGGUGACAUGUACCGCAUGGAAUUGGUUUCAAGCAAGAUGAAGAAUCGCGAAGAUUUGCAGGAUUUUCAUCACAGUUUCCUUCGGUUUUUUGUAUAUCACUCUAAUAUGGACAAGAUACAAUAUCUUUUACUCAACAUGAACCAUGAUGGUAUUGAGUUAACAAACAGUCAUUUCAAUCUUAUCGCAUCUUACUACCUAAAGCAUAAUAUGUUCAUUUACUUGACUAAGUACUUGGAAUCUUCAUCUUCUAAACUUCAGUUCAACGAGGUGUACUUGAAGAAGUUGUUUGAUACCUUUGUGAGAACAUACCCAUACAAGGCCGUCGAUUUUGCCAACAGAUUUCAUUCAUGGCUCAAACUGCAUGAAUCGUUGUCGCCAUCACAAAAGGCAAAGCUUGUUCUGGCCCUCAAAAUUGUCAAGUUGAAUUCUCAGCUAACUCCAUACCAUUUGGAAAAUAAUAUUCUUGAAAUCAAAAAGCAAAAGUAUGACUCAAGUCAUUGGAAAUCCAUUGAUUGGAAACAAGACAAGAACGGUAGAAUAGUUCGUUUCACCGAUCAAGUUCAGUAUAGAAUUAAUAAGGGAUUCUUCGAUGUGCUCAGAAAAGGUGUCCGGCCAGAUAUAUCCUUGGUGAUCAGUACUUUUAGGAGACUGGAUAUGAACAACAAGCUCGUAUUGAUCGACAUCUUGAAACGAGUGCGGAUGUAUGAAGAAAGACGCAUCGAAUUGGAGUUGAUAAUGUUACAAGCAAGAAAUACCAAGCAGUCUCUACUUGACUUUUUCGAAAAGACCGACUUGGAAGAAAUGAACAUAAACGAUAGACUCAAAUUUGCCAGAAUGUUGAUGAAUAAGAACCUUUUCAGGCAGUCAUUACAAGUUCUUGAAGGUAUAGACCCUAUUGAUCUUGAUGACAAGUCAGAGAUGAUGAAGCUCAACCUUCAGCUCAGAAACUAUUGUAUCUGCAGCGAUUUUGAAGGCAUCAUCAAAACCAUUAACAACUUUGCCAUCAAUGAUGUAACCCUUAGUCCAUACAUCUACAACCAGUGUUGCUUCAUAGAGAAGAAAUUGCUCGGGAAAUUGAAGUAUCUUGAAGGGAAACAUCAAGACGAAAAAGAAGCAUCCAUUGCCAGCACCAACCCUGUAAUCGAAACAACAGUGGAAAAGCUUCAGGGGCUAAUUGCUGAUAUAAGACUUCGUUUGGAAAAGGAUGAGCCAGAUAUUACGGAGGCCGUGACUUCAAUGUUUGAAUUUUUGGAUACCUGGAUCGAAAAGUCUCACGAGGACCAGGGAAAAGUAUAGUUGAGCAUGUAACAUAGUGUAAAUAGACUAAACGCAUAUACAUAGACAAAUAUCAAAGCAGCAUUGCUGAUAUAAUUCUCGAUACGUAAUGAAGAUAAUGCCCGAGUUCCAAAA